AUGGUCGGUGAUUCCAGAGAGCAGAUGGUGGAGGUCAAGUCCAUGGACAUCCCCUUCGAAGACGACGUGAAGCUGGCGAUCACUGGCUGGAACAAUACCAAGGUGCGCCUGGAGGCACCCAUGCGCGACAAGCUUGGCGACAGUGACGAGUCCGAUGGCGAAGAGGAAGACAGCGAUGGCCCCGUGGUGACAAGCUGUGGCAACGCCGUCCAAGCAGCUACUUGGCACGUGGCCACCAUGGUGGUCGAUCUCCCGGCAAGCAAGUUCCAAGUGUACCUAGACGGCGAGCUACACCUAUCCGUUCGCGACCCAGGUGGCUUAGUCGCGGAUGGCCGCUUCUCCAUUGAUCCCCGCGAGGGCAUGAUGCUUUUCAGCGCGGCCAAGAGGGGCGGCAGUGGUGUCGGAUCAGCAGACUGGCGUGCAGGUGGACACCUGCGAUCCAUGCGCUUGGACACGCAGGCCCUCACCCAGUUUGACGUCUGGACCCAUCAGCUCCCGAAGGGUAUUUGGAUCUGCCGCUGCACAGCACGCAAUGCGGCCGACGCGAGGAUUUGCUGGAGAUGCCGCAAUACGCGCACACGCUCGGGGGUGCGCCCGCCCGGUGAUGCGGAUCCGCGGGUGGAAGGCCUCACGGUGAUCACCGCAGACUCCUUCCGCGAGCUUGUCCUCGAAAGUCAGAAGCAUGUCCUCGUCGUCGCCAGCGCCUCUUGGUGUGGGCCAUGUCAGCAGCUGAAGCCACGCAUCCACCGGUUGGCGCAGCUUCUUGCUGCAGAGGCAUCCAUCGCAGUAGGCGUCAUCGACACAGAUGAGAACGAGCUCCAAAGCAGAUACUUCCCCGAGCCACACAUUCCGAACGUGAAGCUCUUCUUGCAGGGCAACAAGCGGCAGCCAGUAGCUGUGACGAAUGCAUCUGGCAUGUCUCUGGACGAGCUCGCCGGGUUCUUGGAACAGCAGACCGGCGUGAGCAUCCAAAAAGCCAUCGAAAAGGGUUACCCAGCCUAUGCAGAGCGCAUCGGCGUGGACGCGCUGCUGACGAAGCUGAAGCUGACCGCGCUCUCCAAGCCCAUCCCCCGAGCUCCAGGGCAACCGGGGAUCAAGGCCGUGGCGACUUUCCUCUACCACGAGCUGCUGACUGACGGCCAGGCGAGUGUGCAGGAGAUCAACCCACCGCGCCCCCAGGCGGCUGACAGCACCACGAAGGUGCUUCCACAGGGCCCGCCAGUGCAGCUGCGGCGAGCUAUUUCGGCCAAGGCGGCUGCCGUGCCGACGGCCGGCCCCCCGAUGCUGAUGCGAGCCGUCUCGGGAGGCGGACAAAGCCAAGCACGCCAUCGUGUCAGUGUGCCGAACUUGGCUUUGGGCAUGUCAGACAGACGUUUGACCGAACGGCUCUUGGAAGAGCUUUUCGAGAAGCACCUACUCGCGCAAGUGCGAGUGGCGCAGCCGGAGGAGUUCAAGGCCUUCGUGAAGGCCUUCCUGCUCAAGGUGGCGCAGCCUACCUACAGCCACUCCAUCUUCUUCAACGCUCGGACGCGGGUCUCCUGGCAGAUGUGCCCCGAGGCCACGCAGCUGGUCGCUGCAGCGCGCAUCCUGCGCUUCCUGCUUCGGUGGGCGACCCAGCGGCGUGCACUGAACGGACUCCCACCGCUCAGCGUUCCCUGGGCGCCGCCUCCCGCUCCGACGGAGAUGAGUGCGGCUGCGCAGCGUCACAGCUGGAGGCGCAUCGAGAUGGCUUUGGCCAACGAGGAGCACAAGUACGGCCUGGCGGAGCUCGGCUUGCUGCUAGACCGUGGCCUGCCACCGGACACCUGCCCGUUUGGUAUUACGCCGCUUCUUUUGGCUGCCACCAUCGGACACCUGACGGCGGCACAAUUCCUUUUCGUUCGGGGUGCAAGCCCUCAUGUCCUGGGUGGGCAGCCGCCCAUGCUGCCUGUGGAGGCAGCAGCACGGCACAACCAUCUGCGCAUCGUAGAGCUCCUACUGGAGAACGGCUCUGUUGCCGGCCGUGCCCUGCACUUUGCGGCGGCUGGCGGCUCCACGGACGUUGCCACUUUCUUGUUGGCCAAGAACUGUUCGGCAGAUGCGCUGGUUUCUGGGCUCUCGCCCGUGGCCGUUGCCCUGGCAUCCAGGCAGCACUCCAUGGCGUCGCUGCUGCUGCCGCAUUGCACUCCGACGGCUCUCCAAGCGACAAUCCCGGACGACGGUUGCGCCUCCACCGGCUUGGCACCCGGGUCGACGUUGGCCCAUCUCGCGGCCUCCGUGGGCGGCCUUUGUGAGGGCUUUGUCCUAGCUCUGUUCCGGCUACUGCCUCUCAGCGCCAGCGUUGCACUGAACAACCACCGCAAGUCGCCCUUGGAUUUGAUGUCUACGACACUUCGCAUGGCCGUGAAGCCUCAGCUCUAUGCCGCGCUGGGAGCUGCUGCGGAGGAUCCGUUGGCGUCGGAGCUGUAUUUUGUGAUUUGGAACCGCUUUGCUUAA